AACUGCUGACAGCAGUUUGUGUGUAUUUGAGAGGCACAAAGAGAGAGCUGUCAACUGUCAAGUGGUGGAAAAAGUACGGUUGGGAAAAAAAACCAUAUUAACGAAAGCGGAAAAAUGAUUAACGCCGUGUCGCGUGCUUAUUUGCGUGCCAGCAGCCAAGCUGUUCCCAAUGGUUUGAAACCAGCAGCCGUCCUCAGUGCGGCUCAGGGUAAGAGAGUAGUCGUGCCCAGCAAAUCGGAAAAGAAUGCUCCUUGUGGCCACACCAGAGCCUCGACAUCACUACAAACUGUGCAGCAGGUCCGUAUGGCCCAUACCGAUUUGCAAGCCCCCGACUUUUCCGCUUAUCGACGUGACUCCGUCAAGGAUGUCAAUCGCAAAAACACCACCGCCGAGGAACGCAAAGCUUUCUCCUACAUGAUGGUCGGAGCUGGCUUGGUUGGCAGUGCCUAUGCCGCUAAGGGUUUGGUUAACACUUUCGUCGGUUCCAUGAGCGCCUCCGCUGACGUUUUGGCCAUGGCCAAAAUUGAAAUCAAAUUGGCCGAUAUUGCAGAAGGUAAAUCGGUUACAUUCAAAUGGCGUGGCAAGCCAUUGUUCAUCCGCCAUCGUACUGCUAGUGAAAUUGCUACUGAACGUGGAGUAGCCACAGCCACUUUGCGUGAUCCCGAAACUGAUGAGCAACGUGUACAAAAACCUGAAUGGUUGGUUGUUAUCGGUGUCUGCACACAUUUGGGUUGCGUACCCAUUGCCAAUUCCGGUGAUUUCGGUGGCUACUAUUGCCCCUGCCACGGUUCUCACUACGAUGCGUCAGGCCGCAUUCGCAAAGGUCCUGCUCCUUUGAAUUUAGAAGUACCCGCUCAUGUAUUCCCCGACGAAGGUACCUUGGUUGUUGGUUAAAUUUCCACUUAACCAGAGGCUCUGCGAUGUCAAAACAAACUGUGUUUUAAACUAAAGCGUAUUGUCAGCUUGUAAGCUUAUAAGAAACCCAAUAACAUCAUAGAAAACAAUUAUGAUAUGAAAUUGAAGAUAGUUAAUUGUACCAAAACAAAAUAAAAACGGUAAAAAACAACAGACAAAGUAAAAGAGAGAGAGAUUGAAAACACGAAGUAAAACAAGAA